UCAGAUGUCAUAUUAUGUCUAAUAAAAAUUUUACACUGAUGCGUUUAUUUUUUCUCAACAUUAAAAGUCAACAAAACAACAAAAUUACGUGCCCAUGGUAUGAUAAAACCUUAGUCUUAGUUGCAUUCAUUUUAUUAAAUAUGGCUUGGAGGAGUCACGGAAUAAAUAAUGCAGAUAUGGUUCGGAACCUUAGAACAAACGGAAUUAUAAAGUCUGAUAUAGUUGCAAAUGCUAUGGUUGCUGUAGAUCGGAAGAACUAUUGUCCGCAUGCUCCUUACCAUGAUUCACCACAGUCCAUUGGAUACUCCGCAACUAUAAGCGCACCACAUAUGCACGCACAUGCUUUGGAAAGAUUAAGAAAACAACUUAUACCUGGUGAAAAAGCACUGGAUGUGGGUUCAGGAUCUGGUUAUCUAACUGCUUGCAUGGCGUUCAUGGUUGGUGAAACAGGAAAAGUUAUUGGCAUCGAACAUAUUCCUGAAUUAGUCAUGAUGGCAACUACAAAUAUCGAACGUGAUAACCAUGCAUUACUGACAUCAGAAAGAAUAAAACUCGUUGUUGGUGAUGGGCGCUUGGGCUAUCCUGAAGAAGCUCCCUAUAAUGCAAUUCACGUCGGAGCCGCCGCCCCUACUCUCCCACAAGCUUUGGUUGAACAAUUAAAACCCGGAGGUCGCCUGGUGGUACCCGUUGGUCCUGAAGGAGGUGAACAGCAUCUUACUCAAGUGGAUAAAGCGCUCGACGGCACCACAACCGUGAAAAAACUCAUGAGCGUCAUUUACGUGCCCCUUAUUGAUAAGAAUCACCAACUCCGUCCUUCUCGCUAGAUUGCCUUGCAUGUUUAUAAAUAAGACUCCAAAUAAAAAUUACUGUUUUUUAUUUUUAUUUUAUAAAUUAUUAAUAAUAAAAUUGACAUAUAUUUAUUCAUUGUGAUCACUUUUAUUUCAUUUUAAAAUUAUUAUGAUUCUGUACAUAUGCAAUAAAUAAUUGUAAAAAUC